AUGCUCUCAGGGCUGGCGGCCAUGGAGCUGAAGGUGUGGGUGGAUGGCAUCCAGCGUGUGGUCUGUGGGGUUUCAGAGCAGACCACCUGUCAGGAAGUGGUCAUCGCACUGGCCCAAGCGAUAGGCCAGACAGGCCGCUUUGUGCUUGUGCAGCGUCUCAGAGAGAAGGAACGGCAGCUGCUACCCCAGGAGUGUCCCGUGGGUGCCCAGGCGACCUGUGGACAGUUUGCCAGCGAUGUCCAGUUUGUCCUGAGGCGGACAGGACCCAGCCUCGCUGGGAGGCCCUCCUCGGACAGCUGCCCUCCCCCUGAGCGCUGCCCAAUCCGAGCUAGCCUUCCCCCAAAGCCUCGACCAGCACUGGACCGUGAGCCCUGCAAAGCACCGACCUUCAGCCUGGGGUUCCCUGGGCUGGCCCCCGGCCCUGUGCCACCCGAGCCUGUGGGUCCCACAGCACCAAUGCCGGGCUGCUGCGCAGACCUGCAGGGCUUGGAGCGAAGGGUGCGCAGGAACGCAGCGGAGCUGGGCCAGGAGGCCUUCUGGGAGCAGGAGCUGCGGCGGGAGCAGGCCCGGGAGCACGAGGGGCAGGCCCGCCUGCAGGCGCUGAGCGCGGCCACGGCUGAGCAUGCCGCUCGGCUGCAGGCCCUGGACGCCCAGACCCGCGCCCUGGAGGCCGAGUUACUUCUGGCCGCAGAGGCCCCUGGGCCCCCCUCACCCACAGCGUCUGUCGCAGAACGCCUGCGCCAGGACCUGGCCGCCCAGGAGCGGCAGAGUGUGGAGGUGCAGGGCAGCCUUGCCCUGGUGGGCAGGGCUCUGGAGGCUGCUGAGCACGCCCUGCAGGCCCAGGCCCAGGAGCUGGAGGAGCUGAACCGGGAGCUCCGUCAGUGUAACCUGCAGCAGUUCAUCCGGCAGACGGGGGCUGCACUGUCCCCGCCCCCACGGCCGGACGGGGCCCCCCCUGGCACACAGGAUCUUCUGCCUCUGUCCAGAGAAGAGCCCCUGCCGGGAGCCCCCCCGAGUCCAGCCCUAGUGUCCAGCCUGAGCCCAGAGAUCACCCCCAUGAGGCAGAACUCCUGGAGGUAG